UUUUGAAUAUUGCUUCCAAGAUCGAAGAUGACCCAUGAACCGCAGAAGCCCGUCAAGCCGGCAGCCAAGGAGACUCCGGCUGUGAGCGAGGAGACGAGAACCACGGACAAGUGCCUGGCGGACUUUUGCAUGAAGGGCGGAAGUGGCCUGAUCGUCGGCUGCGCCUUCACCUUGUUCUUCACGAGACCACAAACCUAUCCCAUUUGGCUGGGACUGGGCAUCGGAAUGGGCGUGGCCUACGACUGCUGCCAGAGCCGCUGGAAUCAGCAGUGA